GAUCUCUUCUUUGUUGACUCGUCCUGUGCAGAGCAACAUGGCUAACAUGGACGUGGAGGACUUUAUCCAGCAGAACAGAGCCGUAGCGGACCAGGUGGAGACGUUUCGAGGCUACUGGGAGAGUGAGAAACACUGGCAGGCCCGGAGGGAGUUCAUCCUGAGGAACUUCGGGGACUACGAGGACCCGCACCUGGACCAGCUGAUGUCUCUGUCCAUGGUCUGGGCCAACAACGUCUUCCUCGGCUGCAGGUAUAGCACAGAGCUGCUGGAGAAAGUGACGGAAAUGGCUGAAGGCGUCGUGGUGGAGGACGCACCGAUCUUCAAGACAAGAGAUGAGAUUUUGAAGAAGCAACAGGGUCGAUGACCGGCUCAGUCGGAUCAAGCCUGAAGACCGGUGUUUACAUACAGAGCUUGUAGCAAGUCGGGCCACAUUUCUCCUACACUGUUUAUUAUGGAUGUCGCCAAAAGCAGAAAGACUGUGUUACUCAGCAUUUCAUUGUAAAGAUGUUUUUGCCAGUGUGGGAGCUUCAAUGCGCGUCCAUUUUUACACCAUUGUUUUACUUUUUUUAAAGCGUACUUGUUGUUGUUGUUUUUUAAAUCUGAUGGAAGAUGACACUGGAUCUUGUCCUAAUGUCUGAAACACAAUAAAUGACUUACUUUCUUCUUA